GAAAUGCUUGGCGAUGCCCUCCACUCAUCACCAUCUCCCGCGUUUUCAUCUACAUCUUCGACACUCAAAGAAAACCGAGUUCACGAUGUCUCAGCAAUCAUCAAGCCAGUCUCUAAGCCACGUACCAGUUGUGCCGGAUACGAGCGUGCCUCUGGUAUUACAGCAAGGCACCACAAUGCUGAAGGUAUCGGUAAAGAAAGAGAAAAGAGCACUGUUUCGUAUAGAUCCGGAUGAAGGUCAAAUCUGCUAUGAAUCGAGGAAAAGUGGUGUCAUUCCCAUUGAAUCGAUCAAGGAGAUUCGUUCAGGUUCAGAGUCUCGAUACUACCGCUCGCAGUUCAAGUUAUCUCAAGCGAUGGAAGAUCGAUGGAUAACUAUUAUCUACAUUCUUGAUGGCAGCUAUAAGACCGUCCACAUCGUUGCCGACACCACUGAGAUUUUCAACGAUUGGCUUACAACUCUCAAGAAGCUCCAUACGAUCAGGCAGGGUUUGAUGACCGGCUUGGGAAACAUCGACGUGCGAGAUACAGUGUGGGAGAAACAGUAUUGGAAAGGAGCAGAUCACCAGGGCGAUCAGCGACUCGAAUUUGCAGAAAUCGAGGGCUUGUGCAAGAGGUUGAAUGCAAACUCACCUCAGGCGGAACUGAGAAAGCUAUUCGAUGAGGCCGACAUUCUGAAGAAUGGUUAUCUAGAUUUUGAUGCUUUCAAGCGAUUCAUCAAAUUGCUCAAGAGACGGCCCGACAUCGAAACGAUCUACAAUGACUUAGGAAAACUAGAUUUACCCAGAUUCACAACGUUUCUUCAGGAAUUCCAAAAGUCUGCAGCCGACGCUUCAGUUAUAUUUUCCAGAUAUUCACCCAACUCUGAAGUCAUGAGCUUGGACGCCUUCAUAUCUUUCCUCUUUUCUAAUGACAAUAGUCCGUUCUCCGAGCUCAAUAAUCCCGUUUGGCAAGAUAUGACGCAUCCGAUGCCGGAAUAUUUCAUAUCUUCCUCCCACAAUACUUACCUCGUCGGACAUCAGCUUGUCGGAGUCAGCACAAUUGAAGGAUACAUCCGCGCACUUCUGCACAGCUGUCGCAGCGUUGAGUUGGACAUUUACGAUGGUGAAGAUGGCGAGCCAGUGGUUUAUCAUGGCAAAACCUUCACCUCUGAAGUGACUGUACGGGCUGUAUGCGAGGCUAUUGCGAAGUAUGCCUUCGUCUCAUCACCCUACGCCAUCAUUAUAUCUGCCGAAGUUCACUGUGGAAUUCAGCAACAGAACAAGAUCGUGGAAAUUAUGACAGCUAUUUUUGGUGAUUCAAUAAUACAGGCGCCAGUAGAGGGAAGGCCACCCGUGGAUCAACUACCAAGCCCGGAAGAUUUGAAAGGGAAGAUUUUGUUAAAGGCCAAGAAUCUUUAUCUUGCUGCGGAAAUAGCCGCCGAACAAGCCCGAAAAACAGAGGAAGCUCGUGCUGCAGCUGAAGCCGAGGAAUCCUGGUCAUCCUCAUCCUCAUCGUCCGGCACGGACUCUAGUGUGCUUAGCAGCCUUAAAUCUCGCUGGCGGCGCGUCAAAAAGUCCCAGCCAAAGAAUAAGCCAUUAAUGUCCCUUAAACUCGUUUCUUUGCUUGUGUACACCGUCGGUGUCAAAUGCAGGGGCCUGUCGGCAACGGAGACAUAUGCGCCUGAGCACAUAUUUUCUCUCUCUGAGUCACGGGCAAAUAAAACUGAUCCCAGAGCCCUAGUGCGCCAUACGCAAGGGCAUAUGGUAAGAAUAUACCCGAAAGGAACGAGGGUGAACUCGACAAACUAUGAACCAGUAAGGUACUGGGCUGUAGGUGCGCAGCUGGUGGCUAUAAACUGGCAGACCUUCGAUUCAGGGUACAUGAUCAAUCAAGCCAUGUUCCAACGAAAUGGGCGGUGCGGCUACGUACUCAAGCCAGAGGCUUUGAGACCUGGAGGUGAAUCGUUGUUGGAGAAAAAGACGAAGUACUUAUUUGAAGUCAAGAUCGUAUCGGCCCAACAACUCCCGCUUCCAAAAAACAGUUCUGGACAAGAGGUCGUCGAAAAAUCAGUAAUUGAUCCAUAUGUAGAGGUCUCGUUGCACGUGCCUGAUUGGACGCAUUCGCCCUUUGACGAAACGAGCGAGGCACCCGAGGCAGGCAAAACUCAGGAUAAGAAAAUCUCGGCUCGGACGGGCGUGGUAAAGAACAACGGUUUUAAUCCGGUAUGGAAUCAUGACCUAUCCUUGUCAUUCGACUGCAUCGGGGGCGAAGGCAUGCUCGAUUUGAUAUUUGUGCACCUCGCUGUGCGCGAUGAUGGGGAAGACGAGAAGGCGGUUGCGAGGUAUUGUGUUCCGCUGAAGGGACUUGGGCGAGGAUGGAGGCAUCUACCGUUACACGACGAGCAGUUGUCGCAGUUUUUGUUUUCGACGCUUUUCGUCAAGAUAGGAUUGAAAAAGGUGUAAGGACAUUAUUUGGAAGACAUUGAAAAGGGACUAUGUACUAUAUACAACCUGUACUGGAUGCCCUUGUAUUUUAAAUCAGCAAUCUAAGUGACAUUCGCGAGGCGUUAUUCAA